CUCGACACCAACUAACAAAGAUGGUCCGGAGUUUCGAUUGGAAGUUGGCAGCAUCCUGCUCGACCACUAUUAUAGCCUUGGCUUAUGCAUAUCUAAAGCACAGACAGUCCCAGACCGUGCGCCUUCCGCCAAGAUCCAAGGGCAUCGCCUCGUUGAUUGGAAACACGCCGCUUGUAUUGAUAGAGUCCUUAUCUGAGCUCACCGGAUGCGAAGUGUAUGCUAAACUCGAGCUCUGUAAUCCUGCAGGCUCCGCUAAGGAUAGAGUGGCCUUGGAAAUCCUCACACAGAGCGAAGCUAACGGGGAGAUCACGCCUAACAAGCGCGGGGGCACCAAGGAUGUGGUGUUCGAAGGCACCUCGGGUUCGACGGGGAUCUCUUUCGCCACAUUGUGUAACGCGUUAGGCUAUGUGUGCCACAUCUGUUUGCCCGACGACACUUCUUUGGAAAAGCUCUCGUUGUUGGAGACGCUCGGGGCAGAGAUUGAGGCGGUGAAGCCGGCCUCCAUUGUGGACCCAAACCAGUACGUGAAUGCGGCCAAAAACGGCUCCAAAAGGUUCAACAACGACGCGAAUAACGCGCGCAAGAGUAUAUUUGCGGACCAGUUUGAAAAUGACAACAACUGGCGCGUGCACUACAAGACCACCGGUCCAGAAAUCUGGACGCAGAUGGGGGGCGACAUGGACUAUUUCGUCACCGGGUCGGGCACCGGGGGCACCAUUUCUGGGGUCACUAAGUAUCUCAAGGAACAAGACCCAAGCAUCAGUGUCGUUCUCGCAGACCCCCAGGGCAGCGGCUUGUGCAACCGGGUUAACCACGGCGUGAUGUACGACUCGGUAGAGCGCGAAGGCACCAGAAGGCGGCACCAGGUGGACACCAUAAUCGAGGGCAUCGGUUUGAACCGGGUCACUUGGAACUUCCAACAGAGCGAGCACUUGAUAGAUGCGGGAAUCAGAGUCACGGAUGCGCAGGCAUUGCGCAUGGCAAAGUUUCUCAUGUUGAACGACGGCUGGUUCUGGGGCUCCAGUGCCGCCAUCAACUGCGUCGCCGCUGUGAAGAUUGCGCUCCAACACAAGGGUUCGGGCAAGAAAAUUGUGGUUGUAGCUUGUGAUUCGGGAAACAGGCAUUUGAGCAAGUUCUGGAAGGAGGCGAACAAGUUGCCCAUUUGCCAGACCCUCGAGGAGGUUAUUGCAUAAUGUGACCAGGAGGAUAAGUUGAGAAAGAGUAACUAGCUCAGAAUGGUAAGCACUUGAGAAGUUGAGGUUUGACCUACAACGCAAAUAUAUCAGUUAUUGAAGCCAC